AUGGCCUAUAGUGACCUUCUCUACGACAUCGACUUCGAAAAGAGACACAGGUUCUUCGAGGAUAUAGUUACAGGUCCUCACCUUAACCUAAUGGUUGUUGACGGUGGAAGUAGCAGUACCAACCUGGAAGUGCAGAACAGCUUGUUUAAGGAUGGGCAGCUCCACAGCAGCGUGUCUAGUGUUGGCAACUACUGGCCUCCAGGCACGAUAGGCGGGAGCCACAUCGCGAACAGGGAAGUCCUCAAGGUCCUGAGGGAGGAGCUUUCUCCCUUGAUUGCUCGAGGAUUGGUCACCCCGGACGACCUGACCGCAUUCGUUUAG